AUGGAGCGAACUAUUGGGAAUCUUGGUGAGGAGGUCAAACAACUAUCAAAUCCAUAUGAAAAUCUUUCUUUGCAUGGUGUUUGGCACUCUCAGGUUAAUACACUCAAGGCUAUGGUACCUGAUCUGAAGCCUGCUAAGCCAUCUCUGCCACACAGAUCACAGGUGUGUGCUGAUGGAUAUGUCUUAUUGUGUGCAUAUGAUUGUACCACUCGUCUCUUCCCUGUGAUUGAAUCUCUGGCACUUUGGGGUUAUCUUGAAGAGUGUGGUGCAGAGCUGCCAGCAAAUUGGGUGAUGGAAAAGACAUACAAGUGGGCACAUCUUCUUCUUCCCAAUGGUCAUAUUGCAUGCUCUGCAUGGAAAGAGCAAGCAAAGGCUUUGCUUGAGACAAGGAUUGCACAUUGCAUCAAGCUCCAAACACAAGGUAUUGUUGAAUUUGCAAAGGUGGACUUCUAUUUCUGGUACAAGAUUCUGGACUAG